UCUAAUGUGAAACCAUAUCCUUCCUUUUUUCCUUCAUAUCCAUACACAACUGUCAGUGUUUAUUUUGUGACAGAGUUAACAUGUUGACUGGAAGUGUAUUAUUAUAGGUGAUGACAGCAUUUGAAGACCUGGCUGUGUACUUUACAUGGGAGAAUGGCAGAAAAUGAACAAUGCUCAGAAAAUCCUGUACAGAGAUGUGAUGCUGGAGACCUACAGCAGCCUGUUCUCCUUGGGGCACUGCAUUACCAAACCUGACUUGAUCUUCAAGUUGGAGCGAGGAGAAGAGCCAUGGAUGGUGGAUGAAUGCUUGAAUCAGAGCCUUUCAGUUCUUACAGGUCUCACCCCCUGGAGAGCCACCAGCAGUGAGACACUGGAGACCUUUCACAGAGAUCACUCUGCAGCCUGUGUGGAUAGCAACCUGAAAUGCCAAACCCUGGACCCAGUCUCUGAAAGCUGACCCUCUACAAACCAACUUCAGCACCUUUCCCUGAACAAGCCAUUCAUAGAAAGAUCCUCUUCAGAUGGGCUACAGCUUAAAUGGAAGGGACCUUACCAGGUGCUACUGAACAUGACUACCUCAGUAAAAUUAGGAUUAAUGUCUACCUCUCAAGUCCUCACAGGUGUACUCAAAAGAUAUGCCUGAUUAUUCCUGUAAGCCAGAGAUCUUAAGCAAAAAGAAAAG